CAUCAAAGGGACAGAAAGCUUUCUUCAGCCUUGAAUAUGCAAUUUCUGCGUUUCAUAUCCUUCGUUUCAUGCCCGUUGGGUGUCCUGGGCUCUCUGGCAAAUACGUCUUACACCAAUCCAAUCAUUCCGGGAUGGCACUCAGAUCCUAGUUGUGCUUUUGUCCCUGAGUGGAAUGAGACUCUGUUUUGUACGACGUCGUCAUUCAUCACAUUUCCGGGGAAUCCUGUCUAUGCCAGCAAAGAUCUUAUCAACUGGAAGCUUGCAAGCAAUGCAGUCAACCGGGUGUCCCAGUUCCCUCUGAUUCGUAACGGAAGUCAAGGCGAAGACCUUGGCAUGUUUGCGAGCACUCUCCGCUACAACAAUGGCACGUUCUACUUGAUCUCAACCUGGGUCAGUGCCCAGCUCGGAGGACCAAAGUUUGUCAUCUUCACUACAAAGGACCCAUUUGACGAUCUCUCAUGGUCCGACGCGAUUUGGCCAGAAACACCAGGCGACACAAUUGAUCCAGACAUCUUCUUCGACGAUGACGGCUCUGUUAUUGUUGCUUCUUCCGGAACACCAAUUACAGCAACUUACCUUGAUCUCACUACCGGCAAUACUAGCGAGCCUUGGGACCUCUGGAAUGGGACUGGUGGCGCAAACGCCGAAGGCCCCCACAUCUACAAAAAGGAUGGAUACUACUACUUGCUGAUUGCUGAAGGCGGCACUCAACUAAAUCAUUCGGCGACUAUUGCACGAUCUAAGAGCAUCAAAGGACCUUGGGAAGCGGCGCCUCAGAACCCCCUUGUUUCCAACAGAGGCACCAAGGAAUACCUUCAAACCGUUGGCCAUGCUGAUCUCUUUCAAGACUCGGUUGGAAACUGGUGGGGUGUUGCUUUGUCUACUCGCGGAGGACCGGAGCUUUACAAUAGCUUCAAUUAUCCCAUGGGUAGAGAGACCGUUCUGUUCCCAGUCUCUUGGCCGGUAGGAGGCUGGCCUAUUGCAGAUAAAGUUCGCGGAAACAUGAGCGGGCCAUUACCCAACAAGUAUCCUGUUCAACGAGGAGUUGGCCCUCUUGUUGGCGAAGCAGAUGUGGAAGAUUUUAAGUCGGGGUCCACCAUUCCGUCACAUUGGGUCUACUGGAGAGCUCCUUUCAAUGCCUUAUACUUCACUGUCUCUCCCCAGGGUCACGAAGAUACUCUCCAGAUGACUGCCUCUCGCGCUAAUCUCACAAGAGAUGUUGACUUCAACGUCACCACUGAAGGCGUCACGUCUGUCUUUCGACGGCAGGAACACACCUUUUUCAACUUUACCGUUGACAUCGAGUUAGGCUUUGGAAAGUCUGUCGGUGACGAAGUCGGAGUUUCAAAUUAUGUCAAUCCCAAUCAGCAUGUCGAUCUCGGUAUCAUUUACCAAGCCACUGGGUCUAACAAAGGAGACAACCUCGAGCCUUACUUCCAACUCAGGGCUCGUUCGAUCAACAACUCAACAGCUCCGGAUCCAAAGAUCGUGCCAAUUCCACAAGAACUGCUAGGUCGAGCUGUUCGGAUCAGGAUCUCUCCGCGGAAUGAGACUCACAAUGAGUACUUUGUAAGCUCGGCAGAUCACGAAGGUUCUGAGCAGUCGCUCUGGGUCUUUAAUAACGCAUUGCUGGCUGGAGAUGGAGCUACCACCGGUGGGUUGCUCGGUGUCUUUGCUACGACUAAUGGUAGGAACGGCUCCUUCAACGGAUGGAGAUACGAGCCCAUUGGCCAGAAGGUGGAUUACAAUGUUACCAUUUCAACAUCAACUAAGUAG